GCGCUUUCGGCCUUGUAAGUUUCGUCAUCAAGUUAGGACAUUAAUUCCGCCUGGAAUACAAUAGCGUAGGUCAACAUAACACAAAGGUUAGAUAUGUGUAUUUUUUAACGAACGUAUGAUAUUUUAAUCGUUUACAAAAUCGUGCGCCAAUGAGGAAAACUACUUGUACGGUGCGCAUGCAUCAUACGCGAACAGGUCAUGUUUCGUCUGGUCCGUAUGCUUGACAUAUCACAUGCAGUUGCAAGAGGGUAACGCGCUUUUAAAGCCUCUAGUUUGCUGCGCUUUAUUACUUAUCAAAUGAACUCGAGAACUCAGGUAGCGCGCUGACGACACUGAGAUGAGAUUAUUCAUGUGUGGCAUAGGACGGAGGACGACAUAAAUUGUAACAUCUGUCAUGGCCGACGAGAUCGGUCUGGAAGCUGAGGAAGCAUUUCAAAGUCCUGCGCAAGUGCCACAUCGAAUUGGCAGGCCUGUACAGAAAUUCCUUGGCGAUGCGGGCCUCUACUCGUACUGUGCCAUCUGUGCUCUUUCACUCCAUGACUUAUUCCCGGAUGAAUGGGACAGAGAUUUCUCCGAGAGGUGUCUCUCACAGAUCAUUUGUCACCUAAGUCUUCCUGGUCAGGUCCGACCUGUCAUGCAGGCUCUCAUGGGUGGAGAGGGUGGGGAGCUGGAGCCCUUUAUUCACGUGCUCAAGGAGGAACCUGGGCUGAAUGGAAACUGCCUGCGUGUGGUUGAGGAUCUCGUCCUCUUUGCCGUGCAAGGAGGUAUUUACGACGCUCGAACACGAGUUUUUAUAUUUUACGUGGCACUCAGACUGAGGGUGUCUCGAGCCCUGGUCGAAAUGUACGAAGAAUCGGUCGUCGAGAUGCUGUCCCAAGAAGUGCACGAACAGACUGAGGAAGAGCGCAAAGAAAUUGCGAAAAGGCAGCGAAACAAGAAGCUCAAGCGUUUUCUCAUGAUUGGUCUUGCUACGGUGGGAGGAGGUGCCGUCAUCGGCCUGACGGGUGGUUUGGCAGCGCCGCUGAUGGCUGCCGGCGCGGGGGCCAUCAUAGGAGGUGCCGGAGCUGCUGCCUUGGGCUCUGCCACUGGGAUAGCAGUCAUUGGCUCACUCAUUGGCAUUGCCGGAGCUGGGUUGACGGGGUACAAGAUGAAGAAGAGGGUGGGUGAAAUCGAAGAGUUUGCAUUCGACACGCUCACAGAGGGAAGGGGACUGCACGUCACGCUGGCAGUUUCAGGCUGGCUGUCUGAUGACGAACCGGGCGCACUGAAGAAGCCAUGGAGGACCCUGCAGAAUUCGCGAGAGCAGUACUGCCUCCGUUACGAGUCAUCCUACCUGCUGGAGCUCGGUCAUGCCAUCGACUAUCUCUUCAGCUUUGCAGUCUCCAUGGCAGCACAGGAGGCACUCAAGUACACUAUCUUGUCAGGCCUGAUUGCUGCCAUCACUUGGCCGGCGACCCUAGUCAUGGUGGCAGGUGUCAUCGACAACCCUUGGGGCGUGUGCAUCCGACGUUCAGCCGAGGUGGGACGUCAUCUUGCCGAAAUCCUGCUGGCCCGUCAACAGGGCAAGCGACCGGUGACCCUGGUGGGAUUCAGCCUGGGAGCUCGGGUCAUUUUCUAUUGCCUCAAAGAAAUGGCAAAGAGGAAAGGGUGCGAAGGGAUCAUAGAGGAUGCGGUUCUCCUGGGUGCCCCCGUUCCGGCUCACAAGGAGGAGUGGAAGCCCAUGGCACGGGUCGUGAGCGGCAGGAUCGUCAACGGCUACUGCAGAGGAGACUGGCUGCUCAAAUUCCUGCACCGGACGUCUUCAGCGACCCUCAAGAUAGCCGGCCUGCAAGCAAUCCGCUGGAACAACAGGCGCAUGUUCAACGUUGACCUGAGCGACGUGGUGUCCGGUCACACGGACUACGUGAAGAAGAUGGACAUCAUCCUGAAGGCGGUGGGCAUCCAGACGUGCGACGACGUCUUUGACGUGGACUCGAACAUGCGCAAGUCCAAGUCCUACGCUCCGGAGAGGGGAGACAGCAUGCCCGGCUGCCAGCUGCACCGCUCCAAGUCGGACUCUGUCCUAGUCAGCCGCAAGAUGGUUUCCCUGGCGAACCCUCUGGGCAGCCACCUGAGGAACACGGAGCGCCCCCUGAGCUACUCGCUCGAGAGCGUGCUCAGUCGCAGCAGCUCGGCGUUUGGGAGCAGCGCCGCCACGGACGCCCACCACUGGUCGCCCCGGGGCUUCCUGCGCUCCACCCGCAACCUGCUCAAGCCUCGGGGCGGUGGCGGCGGCACCUUCGACGACGACGCGACCAGCGGGGUGGGCUCGACGGUCGACAGCUGGGAGUGGAACGCCUGGGAGGAAGAGGCCGCCGCCGACUCGAGUCCACACCCGCACGGCAGGCCCCAAACGUGAUGCGAGAGUCGUCUCUAUUUCGUUCCCUUCGACGAGUGCUAAUCGAUUUCCACGUUGGCGUUCGGUCGGGCGCUUUUCUCCCGUUGGGUAGGGUCGCUGAUGGGAUCAGAAAGGCACGGCACUUCUUUUCGAUGCCCAAAAAUGCAUUUGUUGCCUUCCACAGUGCUUUGGCCUAGUGUGCACUCUCGAAGCUCCCGAGAUGUUGAAAACAUUGUCAAAGGCUUGCGCCGAAACAAGCGGGAGACCUCCCUGCCGUUUCCCACUUGUCGUGACUAUAUAGAAGUGGCUUGGUACGGGGAGAAAGGCUCAUUCUUUUUGAGUCCUUUCAUUGAAACGUAGUACAGACGCUCUAUAAACUCAAAGUAGGCACUCGUACGAACAGAGUCUGUUUUGUCGCGUUCGUAUGGAGGAUCCCUUACCUGGAGGCGUGAUGAAGAACAGCGCACAAAAAACAGGACAAGAAGAGACAUGCAUAGAACACGCAAGCGCCGACUCGCAACCAAUAUUUAUAAGAGGAAGCAGAAAACGACAUUCGAACGUCGUUUUCUUCUUCCUCUCAUAAAUAUCAGUUGCGAGUCAGCGCUUGCAUGUUCUAUGUGUGUCUCUUCCUUUUCCUGUCUUUUGUCUGCUGUUCUUCAUUGUGUCUCAAUACCAACUGGCCCAACUCAGCCCAUUGAUUCCUUUGUUAUUUCUUAAAAAUUGCUUCCUCGCUGAUUUGGAGCAGCAAGACGAGAACUUUGUGGAGUUGCACGAGGGAUUCAGAAGAGGCUUCUAAUUUUGGGCAACAGACGGAAUGUUUUGGCCGUUUUUGCCUUGCUCUCUCAUCCGUAACGGUGGGAGGUGCUGCGGAUAAUUUGUCUGAAAAUCAAAGGGAAACCUACUUUUUCCUACUCGGCAUAUCAGUUGAUCGAGCGAGGCUCGUUGCACAAAGUAGAACUAUUGUAUACCUCUUGGCGUAGAUAGUACAAAUUUCUGUGUAUUUACACUGGUACGCAUAUCAUGUGUCAAAUGUUGUACUGCUGCAUACCCGGGGUAAUGUUUUUUUAGGAGUGAAACAAUACUUCCCUGACUUUGAACCCACUGAGUAUAAAAUAUUGUAAUAAUCAAACUUAGUCUCAACAGCACAACCUCUUUUAGCUCAUCUCAUGAUUUGUGAGCAUGAUGAUUCACAAAAAAUGGUAUACGGUGUUUUUUUCUAGUUACGUCACUCUUGGUUUAUACAUCUUCUUUUGAUCUGAGUAAUGCUUUGUGCUGUUUCAGCAUGUGAAUGAAUGUGUACAGAGAGGUUUAUCUAGCCGGAACAUGAGAUUGUCAAGUUUGGCUAUUUUUAUCCCCCUAGUACUAGAAGGCUGCCAACAAAAAUACUAUUUACUGCUAGACUGCAAUAUCAUAAUUUGUAGCACUGACUGGGGUGGUUAAGUUGAAUGUUUAACGCUAACCUACAAAAAGAAAUUGCAGCGAAAAAUCAAUAUCGUCUUAGCAAAAACUGGUCCGCUUAGUUAACAUGAGAGAGUUGCAAGUUUUAGUAACUUAUACAUAGACCUAAAUAAUUUAUGCCUCAGCAUUCAGAAAUCUGAGAUUUAUUACAUGGUACAUACUUUGUUUUUUUAUUACAUUUUUAUGUUACUGAACUUUUACUCUCUUUUUUUAUUGUUUCGUGUUCUAUUCUACUGUAGGUUUCCUAAGAACACCUCUAUAAUCUCUUGUCAAUACCCAGGUCGGAAAGUGUUUAAAAAAGACAAAAGACUUGGUUGGCAAAAAUUUCUGUAGUUUUUUUUAGUCUGCUCACAAUUUAAGUGCCGUGCUGCUGAAGUUUUUUUCACGGUGUUUUGGGGGUUCUUGCUUGAUCUUUGUUGUUUGUUAGUGUAGUGUGGUUUUGCAAUUCCUAAUAAUGUGCAAUAUUGAUUUAGUAUAUAUAUGGCACCGGUGAUCUCAUAGAUUAAUAUAUUUAUUCUUUAUGGGACCUCAAUAAUAAGUUGAUAAUAAGUCACGAAAUAUACAAUACCUUUCUGUUCCUAGUGUAAUCUGUUAUUUUAUUUUUUUGUAAUCCAAGUUAUUUUCUCCAUUCGCACAUAUACAUGCUGCUCCGUUAGGAAUUGUGCAAGGGGGUAGAUAAGUGCAAAUGUAAAAAAUACACGCACAUAACAGCACGCUCGCCGAUUUUAUACGGCACAUGUAACGUACACAGCCCGACGCAGUUAGCACGAACGCAACAAUGGCAUUUUCUUGCAUUUCAUCGUGGCAGCGUAUUAACGGACACCAAGGUUAGUGCUCCGACUGAGUACUUUUAUCACUAUAGAAGGCUCGAUGACAGACCUCGAGUUCCGAGAGAAAGACAGCAGAAAACCGACGGUCACUUGCACUUGUUUGCGCUAACUGUUGUCAAACUUUGUAUCAUGGAGGUCUUUGUGUGUUCGACAGACUCUUUCACGGGCUUUCGUGGUAAUGGUUCUUGCAGUUUUUCCUGGGUGACAGGUUGAGAUGGAGUGGCCUUGAGGAUUUGUGUUUUGCGAGCAAGUUUAGGCUGUUGGGCCCAGAUAAACAUUCUUCUUAUUUUUGAAUCCCAUGUGGAUGGGAUAGGACCUUUCAAAUCGGUACCCGAGACAGGUAUACGUUAAUAAUUAAAAAUAAAUGGCGCAAAGGUCAAGUACACAUUGACGGAACAAGCGCUAACUCAUAACUGUCAUUUUAAUACUUAUACAGAAGACGAGAAAGAGCUAGCUUUUCAUUCUCUCCUUUCUUUUCAGCAUAUAAAAAUCCUUGCCAAAAUGAAAUUGCCUUAAUGGGAAGAGGAAGUUAGGUUCAAGGAACUGAGAAAUAACGUGAAGAAAGAAAGAAGAGCUUCACCUGUGGCAAAGUAUACGUGGUUCAGUCAGGUCGCUGCAUGAACACCAGGUUACGGGAGCAUGCUUCUUCACUCAAGUCAACGCCAGCGGGGCAUCUCACAGUUGUAAGAGACUGCAACUGCGGACCGACACCCACGGAGACAAAGGCCCUGCGAAGGUUCCGUGAGAAGAGAUCGAGGAAACUGUAUGAGGCGAUGAUCAUCAAAAAAAAAAAAAGAGGAAAACUCCCGUGUCAGUGCAUCAUCAGUGGCAUUAAGUGACAAAGAAUUUCAUUACCUUCAUUUUCCUACUUGAGGUUGUUUCAGUGGUUUACUGUCAGCAACUUCCUCUUUCUUUCUGCAUUUUCUCAGUUUUUUUAAUGUAACAUCCUCCUCUUUCUUUCUUUGCGUUUUUCUCAGUUCUUUGAACAUAAUUUUCUUUUGGGAAGGUUUUUUUUUGUAUGCUCAAAAGAGAGAAAAAAAAUCACAGCAUCUCCACGUGGUGAAUAAUGUUGAUUGGGGCAAAGCUCUGGUGGUGCUGAUGAUACUGAUUUUUUUGUUCAUAGGUAGUGCUGAUGGUGCUGAUUAUUUUUAUUGCUCAUAGGUAGUGCCGAGUUCCGGGUUGCGUUUCGACUUCAUUAUUACUGCUUAUUACUUAUUACUUACUUAUUAUUACUAUUACUUACUUAUUAACCCCAGCUCUUGAGUUACUACCCCACCUCAGAGCCCCCUACUCGUCCCGCAGCUGUGGCCGAGUGGUUAAGGCGAUGGACUAGAAAUCCAUUGGGGUCUCCCCGCACAGGUUCGAAUCCUGUCGACUGCGCAAAAAUUUUUUCCUUUUUUAAGAAGACAGAUGGGAUGGCAAUCGAUGUGAGCACGGACCCUGGACGGACAAGGCUAGACCCUAAGGAGCUUCGCCCCUAAAACAAAUGCUACCGCUUUCUCGUCUUCGGCAUGAGUAUUAAAAUGAUAGUUGUGAGUUUGCGCUUGUUACGUCGGUGUGAACUUGACCUUUGUGCUAUUUAUCUGUAAUAUGCAUAUGCAUAGUCGUGGGAUUCGACAACAUGGCAUAAAUCGAAAAAAGAAUGCAAAGUGUACAUGUACGGUUGGUCUAUUUCAGUUUCUAACAAUCUUUCUUGUAUUAGGAGUACCUACACCUACUGUGCAAUGCCUUUGCUGCGAGUUUCUAAAAAGACAUUGCUUUUUUACAAAGCUUUUGGUGCAUGUCCCUGCUGAGGUCUUGGACAGUAAGUGUGCCAGACUAUAGUUAUCAGGAGCCUGUUGUGGAACUUUUGAGCGCAAGUGUAACAUAAUUACGGGGCACACCAAAUCUAGAUAGCAGACAGUCAUACCUUGCACUGACAAGGGAUGGGAAAGAAAGUAGUCAUUAAUAAUUAUCUCUAGCUCUUUCUUUUAUUGGUGCUCACUUUAAAGCAGUCCCUUAGUUCAUCACUUUCCCAUAAAAAUGUGCCAUCUAAUUUUAUUGGGUUCAUGAAGAAGCAUUGGUAGGUCAGUAAUUGGCACUUUUGAAAAUCAACAGCAAUUUACGUGGAUGUUUUUUUAAUGUUGUUGCAGGACAAUAUCUUGUGAUUCUGAAGUUUGUAAGCCGAGUUCCGGCUCUGACUGAUUUGUCCACUAGCGCACUUAAAGGGCAACUUCGCUUCAUUUUUUGUUUUGAAAAACAAUGCAGUCCUCUUCAGUAUCACCUAGGAAGACCACACGUCAAAUAUUACGACGCAGUUCUGUCUAAAUGUUUCUUAAACGGUCCGGCAAACUUUGCAACUCGCCAAGUUGUCGAAAUCGGCUGACUCGAGCGGGCGAAUUCAGGCGAAACCAGCAGCGCAGUCAAGGCUACGGCAUGGGCGGAGCCAACAUUGAGGUGAACGUCAUCAUCAUGGCCCCCUUUUGCUUGUUUUUACUUCUCCGGUCGAGCGUAGCGCAUGAUGUCAGCAAUGUUGCCUCUCGGCGCUCAGCGGUGUCCACGUGAUUGGCGCCUGCGCAGCGCGCUUCUUGGGAGCCUCCGGCCGCCUACCGUGGUCCCGCCGUUACCGCAGUCUUCCGCGUCACAACCAUCGUCGUCGUCUCACCUUUUGCGAUUAUUGUCUCUCGGAGUUUCAUCCACACUACGGACACCACGUGUGCAGACUUGUGCCACAGUUGUGCAGACGUCGUCGAAUGCCGUAGACACCAAAACGUGGCGAAGAUUGCGGUGCAGACGACACUCGCGCCUGCCACACGCCCG